GUGUUUGGAUUGAAUCUCUUUCGUUACAACUGUGGCGAUGGUAUGAUCAUCUCACCGGAAGGCAAGACCUGCAUCGACCGGAACGAGUGUCUGGACUAUCCGUGUCUGAAUGGGGGCACUUGCAUCAACCAGGAGCCGCGCCUAAAGUACAAGUGCAUCUGUCCAGACUCGUACUGGGGCGAGAGUUGUGAGUUUCUGAAGGAACGACAAGCGCUUAAGUUCAGCACCAGUGCCUUGGCCGCCGUUAUAGCCUGCCUAUUACUGAUCAUUAUUUUAAUAUUUGUUUAUUUUUCCUGCUCCCGGCGUCGUUCGGCUAACUUCAACAAGAAGCCGGCCACCAAGGACGACAUCCGCGAGAACAUCAUCAACUACUGCGACGAAGGUGGUGGCGAGAACGACAUGACAGCGUUUGACAUGAAGACACUCAAGAUUCCAAUCGGACCGCUGCCAGAGCUCGUUCAACAUAAGGCACCGCCAGUACGUCCAGAUAUUGCCGUCGUGUCCGACCAGGACGUGUUCCUGGACGACCCGAAGCGACGCGCCGACAUCUUCCCAGCCUCCGGGCCAUUCGACGAUCUGCGUAACUACACCUUCGAAGGUAGUGGGAGUACCUCUGGUUCGUCAAGUCAGGUGAUGAUGAUGAGUAUAGCUUUUCAACCACAUGAGGUCCCCGUUUCGAUAAAUUAGUCAAUAUUUACGAACCAAGCAAAGCGUAGAUCGAAAAUGACGAUAUUUGCUUAGAGUAGUUGUAGCUGUGACAGGUGCUGUAGGGAUCUUGUUCCUGAGCUCGACAAGAAACAAGAUAAGCAAAUUCAUCAAAUAUGAACUACGAUUUCGGUGAUUUUCUCACCAGUAUGCGGGUGAUCGGGUAGAUAUUUUUUGUAAAAUAUUCUUUAAAAUCCACACACACAAAUACAAAUACCCGUUAAUGAUGAAAACAUGAUCGUACGAUCCAAAGUGAGAAUGUUGCGUUGUACUUUUACAAUGCAUCAGUUCGCAGGAAAACGAGAAUUUUCAAAAGUGAUUAAUGUGCAUAGUUUCAUAGCAAAUUGAAUUCGAAAUUUAUUAACCUCCAAUAAAUGGUACCGUCUGGCUACAAACAUCCAAACGAUGCAACACGCAGGGUUAGAUCUCUCGAAGAUUGAGAGCAUUAAAUGCUCGCUAUAAUUACGCACGGAAAAUGAAGAAUUCCUGUAUAUAUUCAAGCGAUGCUGAGCUGAUAUACUGUAAUAAUGCAUGUAAAAAUCUAAUCUGCAAUCUAUGUAUAUGUCUAUCUAUGUCAUGUCUCAUCUCGACACGCAUUAGUUUCGUGCCAUUGGGGACACUGUAAAAAAAACAGUAAGUAGUUCAUUUUGAAAGGGCAAACUGGCGGAAGAAAACGAGUUCCCUGAGCAGAAACUACAUGGAUGUGAACUACAAAUGGGUUACUAGAUAAUAAAGCCGAGAGGGUGAUUUAAAAAAAAACUAAAACUAGCAUAUUUUUGUCGUCUAUUUGCAAAAUGUGUACACGUGUUCCUUGGGAAGGUGGACGAAGCCACAUUGCCAUGUUGGUAAAACGCAUCCAGAAAAUGAUCGAUCAAUGUUGAUCUGGUGAAAGAAAAUCCACGCAGUAACAGUACGUUGUAGCUCAUCCAUCAAAUCUUUAACGUUGUUUCUAUUGUUUUGCUGUUGAUUUUUUUGUUACUGCAAUAGAACAACACAAUGCGAUAGUGAGAGACAAAAACUCUGCUCAAUAGAAGAAAGUCUCAAGAAACCUUGAAAUGGCAAAAUGCCGCACACUUCAUUAUUCUUAAUUCGUCGCUGUGAUGUCAACCUCCCUCCUCCCGGAAAAUAACAAAACAUAAUACCACGAAAAUCAAAGCAGAAACAAAUCAUCAAACAAACCAACAAACGCACAACAACUUCGUCCUACGUGGAUUGCAAGCGGACAAAAAUUACGAACAAAACUCGAAACUCAAUCAAAAACUCCGACGAAAAAAACAAAAAUCUGGAGACAAAGGCUUAACCGGACAGGUUACAAAGCAAACACAUACUCACCGUCCACUCAAAUUGCCGGACAAUCUGCUCGUUUGAUCGAAAUGAAAAUUUCAAUGAAUCACAAAUGAAAGCAAAUACAUCGACAAAACCAUCCGCAUAACAAAAAAUUCGGUACGAUUUUAUUUUCUUCCUUUUUUGAUGAUUACUCCUUCAAUAGAAAGGUAAACAUCGUGUAGACCGUUUGGUGAAGUCGAUCUGAGCGUUUAAUAACACCAGCGCUGUUUGGUUUCAAUUUUCUAAGCCAAUGUCUCUUCAAACAUCCUCCACUGUUUGUUGGGAAACUUUACAACAAUGGAAUCUUUUGAAAAUCAUCUGUUUUCGCAAGGAUCAAUAAAAAAGUUUCAUUUUGCUACGACAAGACAACUGAAGCCACUCGCCUGUGCAAAGCAAAGAGUAACUUGUGUAUUCAAUCAAUUACGAUGAAUGUUUCUGUCACUAAAAACGAUGAUGCGGUAAAUCAGACGCAGGAUAAGGAUGAUAGUGAUGGACAUGGGGCAGGAGGAGAAGCAGAACAUUUUAGAAGUGGAUCAAAAGAACUUUCGUUUCGGCGCUGCAGAUGAGCUGUACCAGGGAGCUUUUGUUUGCCAAUUUGCGAAGCGUCUAUUGACACAACUUUAAUCGUUGCAACGAAUGAACGUUAGGAAAGGGCAGUUUGCAUUUUCAUUUCGCUCAACAAUACUACGCGUCCCGAUGCCAGAAAUGCAUCCCAAUUUUACAGUGCAGUUUCGCUGAACAAAUAGCACACUGAAAAGAUGGUUGAUAAUGUUUAGUACCCGGUCAAAGCAAUUUCUUUCGAUGUAAAUUUCCUUCAUCUAUGUACUUUAUGAGCAUGCAUUUACAUAUUUUAUAAAAUUAUCGAAGAUAAAGGAUCUCAGCAUUUCACAUCAAGGAUCAGUCGUGUGUUCUAUGUUAUAUUUUUUGUUAUGGUUAUUAAUAUCGUCGUGUGUAUCCGAACAGACUAUAUGUUCAAUCAAACUACAGCAAUUGGUGUUGCUAACAAAAGAAAAGAUUAUUACUUACGGUUUCUAGAUACUGCUACCCACGAUUUGAAAGCAUUGUUAUUUGGUUUGCUGAAUCAAGUCCAAAUCCAUGUUUGAUACUCAUCUGUCGACAAGAUCGGUGAACGAGGUUGUAAUAAAAGAAAUCAUGAAACGUGAACGGCUCGUAGCAUAUAAAAAAAGGAACCAUUUCAAUAAUAGCUGCGAUACGAACCGAUUUACGUAGCAAAUACAGUUGAUUCGUCUAAUUGUAUAUGUGUAUAUAUGUAAGCAAAAUGAAGGAAAUUGUAACAUAAAAUACCAGAAAUAAACAAUAAAAGUAUUUCGCCAGAAAAAAAAACACAAAAAUAAAUCAAAAAUAUACAUACUCGUAUCGCAAA